GUGAAAGACAAAGACAGAGAUAGCUAGCUAGACAAACAGACACAUAUAGAUAGAUAGAUAGAGAGAGACAGAGAGAGACAGAGAGAGAGGAGAGAAAGAGAAUAGAGAAACACGCGAGGAGAGAGGAACUUGGAACCGCGCUGUGCCUGGCCGCAGAAUGGCGAGGAGAUGAAGGCACCGCCAUGCCACCAGAGAGAAAAGGAAAAACAAGACGGAGAGUCAAAGAAAACGGGAAGAACGACACCUCCAAAGAAAACGGAUGUAACGACACCGACAUAGAAAACUAGAACGGCGACACUGCCAAAGAAAACGCGAAUAUCAACGCCGACAAAGAAAACGGGAAAAUCAACCCCGCCAAAGAAAACGGGAAAAUCAACACCGCCAAAGAAAACGGGAAAUUCGACGGUAACUAAAGAUGAAGUAUCAGCGCGCGACCAUGAGCUUCACCUCGCCGACGACCGCAACGACCUUCUGCGACAGCGCCAGUUUGGACGACUUCGAAGUUGAACGACUGGACUCCUUAUACUACUGGGUGUAUCAGGUGUCGUUCCCUAUCCUCGUGUUCAUCGGCGUCCUCGCCAAUGUCCUCAACCUGGUCGUACUCACGAGGCCCCGGAUGCGAAACAAGACAUACAGGUGGAUGCGAGCGCUGGCCAUGGCGGACAUGGCGCUGUGCCUGCUGACGAUCCCCGUGUGCCUGUCCAACGGGGGCCACGGCGCCACGGCCUACAGCACCGCCCUGUACUACUCGCUGUUCGGCUGGUCCGUGAGCAUCGGCGCGCAGAUCUUCAGCUACUACCUCAUGGUGUGGUUCGCGUACGACCGGUUCCUGGCCGUGUGCCGCCACGCCGAGUACCGGGACAGCCAGCGGCGGGAGGUGUUCAACCGGCGCGUGGCGGGGACGCUGGCGGGCGUGGCGGCGCUCUACCUGCCGACGGUGCUGGUGGGGCGGGUGUGCCAGGAGGCCUCGGGCGGCUGGCUGCCCAUCGACGGCUACUCGGAGCAGAGGAUCCACGGCUGGUACCGCGUGUACUCGUGGGUGCGGGAGGUGAUCUCGCGCCUCGUGCCCGCCGUGCUCAUCACCGUCUGCAACAUCAAGAUCACGCUCAAGCUCCGCCAGCUGCGCAGCGUGCGCGAGAGCUUCAUCAGCGGCAUCUCGCCGGCGCGGCGCGAGAAGGAGCGCCGCCUCGUGUUCCUGCUGUUCUGGGUCACGGCGCUGUUCUACGUGUACAACACCCCCGUCACCGUGUUCUACGUGGUGUUCCUCGACCAGAACAUCCUGGACUCGCACCGCAUCGACCACGCCGACUACUGGGUGCUCGUCUUCGGCGCCCUCAGCAACCUCCUGCAGAUGCUCGGCAACGUCUCCAACUUCGUGCUGUACUUCCUCGUGAACCCGGACUUCCACCGCACGCUGCAGGCGCUGCUCGGCGUCCGCGCGGCCGACGACGCCGCCGACGCCGACAGCAACAGGUCGACCGUCCGCCGAACGCAGUCGCUGAACGCCACGCAGCCGGAGCGCGGCGCCAAGGACGACCUCUCCGACUCCGGCAUCGACCAGCCGACCGACCUGCCGGCGGAGGACGCGCGGCUGUGA